AUGUCAAAGCAAAGUUCUCCCUCUUCUCCAAGUUCGCCAGAAAACAGCAAUAAUAUGUUUGAAGACACAGAGGAGACUCGCUUUCAACUAAAUGAACCAGAAGAAUGGAUGCCAGAAAACCGAGUCCUAAAGAUGGACAAGGAAAACCUCGAGUUACAGCAGACGCUAACAAAAGAGUUAAAUAAUAGACCUUCUGCCAUUAUAUCACGACGAGAUUCUACUGAAGAUCCUAAUAUGAAUAGUGCAACCGAAGAUAUGGAAAUCGAAGCUUCAAUAGCAACAACAAUGCAUCCUACUGUAUCACAACCAAGUCGAAAGAGUGACGAUUUACAAGAAUCAAACACCAUUGAAGUGAUCGAUGCUAAUUCAUUGGAUAAUAUGAUUCUUGAUGCUAUUUCCUCACCAUUGGAUGCAGAUCCUGUAAAUCUGACACCAUCUGACACCAUUCAAGCAGUUUCAUCAUUAACGGAAGUCACCCUCACCAAUUCCAACUCAAUUACUUUUGUCAUGAAAACUAAAGCAACAAGUGAUGCUGUUCAUGAGAUAAACGAUACUGAUGAUGUUAAUCUCAUUACGAAUAGUAAAGUUGCAAAUGAUGCUAAAUUGACGGAAGAAAAUUCAUCAACUGCAGUUAUCGAUACGGCAUCACUCGAAAUCAAGAAAAUUUCCGCUUCGGAAGGUUCAUCAUCAUCUACGAACGAUAAUAUUAAAUAUAAUAACCUCGUUGUCUCUGGAUUUUUUGGAGUAGAAAAGGCAUCCAAAGUUAGUUAUGAACCUUCAGCAGGAAAGAUUGAAACAACCUCAUUGGAGUUUCCUACCUCAAAAGAAGUUUCAUCUUUAGAAGAGAAUGUAUUUGAAGAAAAUCAAAACCCAACUAUUGUCGAUGAUGGUUGUGAUGCAUCGAACAACGACAUCACCACCAUUGCUGGGAUAAAAAGAAAAUCCAAAAAUAACAACGUGAAUAACGAUCCAUCAUUUAAGAAAGAAUCGGCAAACCAUUUCGAAAAUACCUAUCAAGAGAAUACAAAAACAACAGAUUCUGGUGGCGUUAUUGUACUUUCGAAUAAACCCAAAGUCAAUAAAAAUAGUUCUUCAACUGCAAUUAAAGGAACGACAUCACUGGAAACGGAUACGAGUUCACGCGAAUUGCCUACAGAGGAAGAAUCAUCAUCCGUAAAUUUGAAUGCAAGUGAUUUUGACAAUAAUGGAGUAGUGACUAGAUCGAAAGCCAAAUUCAAAGAUAAAACUUCUUCAACUAUGAGUAAUGAUACGACAACCAAUGCUUCAUCAUCAACGUCAAGUAACAAAUACAAGAAUAAUCUUGACGACGACGUGAAUACUACAAAAACUAGAUUAAAAGUUAAACCCAGAGAUAAUGCCUCUAAAGUGGAAUCCAGAAACAAUAGCUCAGCUACACUUAUUGCCUCAAAAAGCCAAAAGAAUAACACAGCUACGUCGUCUCAAAGAGGACAAAAAAGGAAGCAUGAAGAUUAUAGCAUUAGUGUGGAGGAAACUACUUUAACAUCGCACUCAAAUAUUGAUGCUGCGGAUAGUAACAGAUAUGAAAUGCGAAGAAAAAAGAAAAAGGCAAGAAACGUACAAAAUAUUCAAAUUAGUGAUGAGAUGAAGGUCAAGCUAAUAGAUGAUUGGGAAUGGAUAACGACCCAAUAUCAGCUUGUUCCUUUGCCGAAAUCAAAGACUGUCGAGAACAUUCUUGACGAUUUUUAUCAAUACAAGAAGAAUUUUGACUCGCGAGGUUUAAAUAGUGGUCAUCAAAAAGAUGAUGAUCCUCUUUGGCAAGAUUUAGAAGGUCUAAAAGCCUAUUUUAAUGAAGCUUUAGGGGCUAGGCUCCUUUAUAGAGCGGAAAGGACGCAAUUAUACGAAUUCAGAGAAAAAAACGCGGAGGUGGAGUGCGCAGCUUACUAUGGCGCCGAGCAUCUUUUACGUUUAUUGGUUGCUCUUCCCGGAAUCGUCGAUUCAAUAAACAUACGGGAAGAAAAAGCAGUUGAUUUGUGCGGAGAGUUGAUAAGCUUCUUGGAGAGUCGGACUGAAAUGUACUUUGCAAAGGUGUAUGAAAAUGCCUCUCCAAUGUACAUCCGACUCUCUGAAGUUUUUUAA